GCCUCGCUUACUCAUAGACGGCUGAAUCAACAUGGCGGCUGUCUGAGUUUAAGGAAGAGGCUAUGUGUAAAUAUAAACACUGGUAGCGAUCUGCACAUUUGUUUUUUUUCUCUUGUCAUUUAUCGUGCUUAAUGAGAUAUUACACGGCAAAUAGAAAAUGUCAAACGACGGCAACAAAAAACAAUUCUGGAAAAGAAACACAGCCAAGGUUCCUGGCAGCAUACAACACGUUUAUGGAGCACAGCACCCCCCCUUUGACCCUUUACUACAUGUCAAUAUGGUGAAAGCUGGGACCAAGGGACCGGCUACACCAGGGAAGCCCAAGAAGGCCACCACAUUCCAGGAGUUUGAGAGCAUCACCAGUGACGCCUGGGACGUAGGCGACGACGACGACGAGCUGCUGGCCAUGGCCGCCCGCAACCUGAACAUCGAGGUCGUCAUGGAGACAGCUAACAAGGUGAUCGAGAACCACAGCAAACUACAGAAGCAGCAGGAGGGUGUGGUGGAUGAAGAGGAGGAGGAGGAGGAGGAGGAGGAAGAGCAUGAGUCGACGGUGGUGGUGGAGGAGGCGCAGUGGCGACCGCAGCCGCUGGCCGAAGAGGAAGGGGAGGAGCCAAGUCCUGGGUCGGUCCUAUCAGAAGCCAGCCCCGGCGGCAGGAUGGUGAAAUCGCUGAGCGAGGCCCACAUCGGCUUCUCCAGGGAGGGGAUUGAGGAGAAGGCGUCCCUCCAGCGGCAACGCUCCCUGCCCCAGCGCCCCGUCGUUCCUCUGGUGGCCCGCAUGGCUGACCAGAACACGUCCGGCACCCCCGCCAUGACGGAGAGGGAAGCGUCGCGCCUGGACAGGUUCCGGCAGGUCCUGGCUGGACCAAACACCGACCUCGAAGAGCUACGGAAGUUGAGCUGGUCUGGGAUCCCUCGGCAGGUCCGGCCGAUCACGUGGAAGCUGCUCUCGGGCUACCUCCCGGCCAACGCCGAGCGGCGGGAAAGUACUCUGCAAAGGAAGAGGCAAGAGUACUUCGGCUUCAUCGAGCAGUAUUACGACUCCCGCAACGACGAGCACCACCAGGACACCUACAGACAGAUCCACAUAGAUAUUCCCCGGAUGAAUCCGGAAAGUUUAAUCCUGCAGCCGAGGGUCACUGAGAUUCACAUUGACAUACCGAGAACUAAUCCUCUCAUUCCUCUCUUUCAACAAGCUUCCGUGCAAGAGAUUUUCGAGAGGGUCCUCUUCAUCUGGGCCAUCCGGCACCCAGCCAGUGGCUAUGUGCAGGGCAUCAAUGACCUGGUCACGCCCUUCUUCGUGGUCUUCGUCUUCGAGUACAUCGAGGACGAGGUGGAGCAUUUCGAUGUGUCCAGCCUGAAGGAGCAGGAGCUGCGCGACAUUGAAGCUGACAGCUUCUGGUGCAUGAGCAAGCUGCUGGACGGCAUCCAGGAUAACUACACCUUCGCCCAACCUGGCAUCCAGCGCAAAGUCAAGGCUUUGGAAGAGCUUGUCAGCCGCAUUGACGAUUCAGUGCACCGUCACCUGCAGCAGUAUGAGGUGGAGUACCUGCAGUUUGCAUUCCGCUGGAUGAACAAUCUGCUAAUGAGGGAGCUGCCCCUUCGCUGCACCAUACGCCUGUGGGACACCUACCAGGCAGAACCUGAGGGCUUUUCACACUUCCAUCUGUACGUUUGUGCCGCCUUCCUGGUGAGAUGGAGGAAAGAGAUUCUGGAAGAAAAGGAUUUUCAGGGACUCAUGAUCCUGUUGCAGAACCUACCCACAAUGCACUGGGGCAACGAGGAAGUGAGCGUUCUCCUGGCGGAGGCGUACAGAUUGAAGUUUGCCUUUGCUGACGCUCCGAAUCACUACAAGAGAUGAGGCUUGCCCCCCCCCCUCUCCUGUGGUACUGCUGAAUUCUAGGUGUCAUCUCCUAGCCUCUUCAAGCUGCACAGCUGUAAUAAGAUUCAAAGCGUGCUUUUUUGGGUUCUGUGUGAAGGUCUUACCGAUGCCUUUCAAGUUCCCUGUUUUUUUUUUAUUUAUAUAUAUAUAUAUAUAUAUAUAUAUAUAUAUAUAUAUAUAUAUAUAUAUAUAUAUAUAUAAAUUGUACGUAUGUAUUUCAGACAUGUUUCCCAUCAUCUGCACCGUUAAUCUGUACCAGGCUACCCGAAAUAGAUCCAUACAUGCAGAACCACAGCUUACAACGCGAUCAACGCUAUGGCACCAUCCGCACAUUAAGGAGUUUCUUGGUAACAGUUUGCGAGGAUUCUGACCUUGAUUGGCCACGAGAGUACAAAAUAUGCUCAUCAGCCUGCACUCUGGUUGGUCAGGAUCGGCCGUUACUACGGGCUGUGGCUGUAGCCAGCUUUGAUUGGCUAGCGCUAAUCAAGCCCGCCUGCUUUCCACCAGCCCAUCACCUGACGCCCCUUUGCCCAAAAGGACCUCCACUCCGCCGCUGCUCCUCUGUGAAUGCAGUGAUGGCAGUAAUAUCUGAUCGAAAGCUGCAAUCAGCACCUCAACCAGAUCCUCCAUUAGAAAGUUUUGUGUUCAAGUGAAUUCUUUGCAAAGGACUACCUCAGAAUCGAGUCAGGACCCACCCAGCGAUACACUGAAGGAAGCCAGGCGGUGACCGUCAUCCUCAUGCCAACCCCUCCAACAUGGCCGACCGCUUCACUUUCAUCUAACCUGGCUGCUUUAUUCCUGUUUGUCACGGAAGCAGACAUUCGUAGCAGAAACGAAACCGAUCAGCCGAGAUCUCUGGUCGAGUAAUCCUGAAACUGCGCGCGUGAAGGAGAACUCGCAGCUGUGUGAAAAUCUGCCGUGUGUCCGGGCAGCUUUUGUGUAGGAUAAUAACAUUUUGAGUUUUGCAUUAUGGUUUAAAAAAAGAAAAACAAUUUUGUCAUCUGGCUUUGAAUUUAUUUACAACUUCGACUAAUUUUCCUGUUCAUGGUGGAGAGAAAUUGCACUUGACAAGAUUCUGUUUUCUGAUUUCUGUUUUUUUUAACCAGUUACAUUCUGUGAUUUUUUUUUUUUUUAUGUUAUAUACUGUUUACAUGUAUACAUAUUAUAUGGUGCCUGAUGCCGUGAUAUUGCAUCAUAGAUAAUCUUUACAAUCACGUGAUGUGGGUUCACUGAAUGAGGAGCGCGCUCAGUUUGGGAGCCUCUGCAUUCUGCUCCCGUCUGGACGAGUAAGCAGUCGGAUGGAACAGAUACAGGAUCCAGAAGCAGACGGUGCCUGUGAGGACAGGGCCCGGGUUUCCAUGGCAACGAGAAGCAGUCAUCUCCACGGAGCCGGCCUCACGUUUGGGCCCACAGGCUGACAUGCUGCUCACCAGAACCGGAAUUCCCCCGUCGCCCUUUUUUUUUUAAAAAAAAAUGUGUUUUUCCUGGGUUUUUUUUGUUUUGUUUUGUUUCGUUUUGUUUCGUUUUGUUGUUCUUUAUUUUUGGCUGAGCAGUAUUGAAACAUAGAUGUUUUGGGCACCAUUUAAUAGGAGGCUGUUUUCAGGAAUGACAUCAUGAGUUUGGCCUACACUGAGGUGACCACGAAAGGCGUCCCUGAAUGGGCGCCUGUGAUGGGCCAUCUGUACAUAGAGUAAAUGUGUAAAUAAAUUCUAUACCACAAAAGG